AUGAGAGAUCCCCGCGCCUCCAAGCGGAGACGAGUCUCCGAAGAACCCGCUCAAGACGAUGAUGGAGAUGUUGCCAUGAACAGUGGCACUGAUGACGAUGCCUCCGUGCCUUCAUCCCCCGCCGCCGAAGAACCAGACUCCGAAGAAGACCAAGAAUACCAAGGGCCACAAUCAAGGCCAGCCCGACGACUAUCAACUCGCAGAAAAAGUAUACAGGUUCCUAAGGGACUAGGCCUAGAGGAAGACCCGAAGGACGAGCCAAGUGUUGUUGAGACGCCGAGAAGCACCAGGACUAGCGGACGACAGCGAAAAGCGCCUCAGCGAUAUGAAGGGACACCAACUUCUACCCGAAAAGCAGCCGCCACGCCUCGGAGCACUCGAGGAGCAAGGAGUACCCAGAAAAGCGCCCAGAAGCCGAAACAAGACUCCCCGGAGGAUGUGGAUAUGGAUAUGGAUGUCGACGACCAGUCACCCAAGCCUACUCCACUCGCAAGGACUAGAUCGAGACGGAGUACCGCCAAACCUAGAUCAUAUGCGAAUGAUAAUGUCGAGGAGGUCAGCAAGGAUAAAUCACCUGAGCCUGAGACUUACAAUGAUGGGCUCGAUGAUCUUGUUGCGUUACAACUUCAGCAAGACCUACACCAUGGCCAGACAGAAGCGGAGGAGAGCGUGGAGAUGAUGGAGCCCCUUCCCGAGUAUGUGGAAGCUUUGCAGAACCUCUGCAAUGGAGGGCUUCACAAGGAAACUCAGAUUCUCACCACAUUCCUCCUUGAAAAGCUUGCUGGGAAACGGCAGAUUCCGCUCAAGGGACUCGAGAACGAGUACAGUAAAGUCAAUCAUUUAGUUGAACAGACUGUGACUGUUGGUGAAGGUAACUCGAUGCUACUUCUUGGAUCACGCGGUUCUGGAAAGACAGCGAUAAUUGAGACGAUUAUCUCGUCUCUUGCAAAGAACCAUGGGAAGGACUUCCAUGUUGUUCGCCUGAACGGCUUUUUGCACACCGAUGACCGCUUGGCCCUUCGAGAGAUGUGGCGUCAACUUGGUCGCGAGACUAACACAGAGGAUGAUACCCUCAGAAUCAACUCCUACGCGGAUACAAUGGCAACACUCCUGGCUUUGCUGUCUCAUCCCGAAGAACUAUUUGGUGCCUCCGGCAAUAAAGAUGGUGUGACUGCAGCCAAGUCUAUCAUCAUUCUGUUAGAUGAGUUUGACUUGUUCGUCACUCAUCCUCGACAGACUUUGUUGUACAAUUUGUUCGAUAUCGCUCAGGCCCGCAAGGCGCCAAUUGCAGUGAUUGGACUCACUACCAAAGUGGACGUGACUGAGAUGCUAGAGAAGCGAGUCAAGAGUCGAUUCAGCCAUCGAUAUGUAUAUGUUCCUCUGCCCCGAACAUAUGAAAUAUUCUCAGAUGUCUGUAUGGCAAGUCUCGAUCUCGACGAGAAAGAGAUGUUGCAAAUUGCAGACACGCUCAGCCCGGAGCAUGGCGCUAGUCUGGAAACAGCAGGAUGGAAAACACUACGUGAAGGUUGGAAGACAUACUUGAAGAACUUAUGCGAUGACAAGGACUUCCAGUUCCAUCUCAAGCGAAUUUUCAACCAAACAAAGUCAGUCAAGGAAUUUUUGACGAGUGCACUCCUCCCAAUCGGUGAACUCAAUCUCAGCACCCAAGGAGCAGACAAGCCAACAAUUCAAAUUCCAACCCCAAAGAGCUUCGUCUCGCAAUCUCUUUCUUGCCCGGAUCCUGCACUACUCCCAUUCUCGACUUCCAACGGCUCCGCCUCAAGUCCAUCUUCACUACCAUUGGCUCUGCUUCUAGCCGCAACUCGCCUAGCUGCUCUAUUUGACCCAGGACACGAUACUAUCCAAGCUCAAAGCAUAGCACCACUUGCACUUUCCUUCCCUGCUGCGUAUGCUGAAUACGUGCGACUUCUCACAUCUGCCAAAACAUCUGCUUCGGUUUCUGGUGCUGCUGCUACUCCUGGUCGUGUCUGGGGUCGUGACGUGGCACGCGAGUCUUGGGAGAAGCUGGUUAGUUGGGGUCUUGUUACUCCUGUAGGUGCAGGAAAUAGCACAGCCGACGGACAGAUGUUCCGUGUGGAAAUCAGUUUUGAAGAGGUGGUUGAGAUGGCUGGUUCGAGUAGUUCGCUUGGACAAUGGUGGAGAGAUGGUUAA